GGAGUGGGAGUGGGGGGUGGGGGGGGAGAAAGGGGGUGAAGAUGGUUCAGGAAAGUGGGAGCGUGGAGGCUGAGGGAGUGCUGUCCAGGGAAGCGACGGACAGCGACGAGAGCGAGUUCAUGGCGUGCAGCCCCUCGCCCACCUGCGACGGGGCGGACGAGAGGGACCCGGACUGGUGCAAGACGGCCACCGGGCACAUCAAGCGGCCCAUGAACGCCUUCAUGGUCUGGUCCAAGAUCGAGAGGAGGAAGAUCAUGGAGCAGUCGCCCGACAUGCACAACGCCGAGAUCUCCAAGCGGUUGGGGAAGCGCUGGAAGAUGCUGAAGGACGGCGAGAAGAUCCCGUUCAUCCGAGAGGCGGAGAGGCUGCGGCUGAAGCACAUGGCAGAUUACCCCGAUUACAAGUACAGACCCCGGAAAAAACCCAAGACCGAGUCGGGCAAACAGCAGCAGCUCCAGGGGCAGCUCCAGGGGCAGCUCCAGGGGCAGAGCCUCCCCCCGGACAAGGGUCACAAGGGCAGCAAAGCCGCCGGGAAACGCUGCGGCGGCCACAGCGGCAAACUCAAACCCCAGAGAGGGCACUGCAAACCGCACGGCGACCCCGAGGACCCGGCGCUGAGCGGCGGCGGCAGCGCCAGGAGCGGGAGCGGGAGCGGGAGGGGCAGCGGAGGGGCUGCUGCCGGGCCGGCGGGGGUCCCGCGGGGGCCGCUGAGCCGCGGACCCAGUGAGGAGGAACUGGAGGAGGAACUGGACGAGGAACUGGAGGAGGAAUCGGAGGAGCAGCUUCCAGACGAGGAGGAGGAGGAGAGGCGGAGGCGGGAGCGGGAGCGGGAGGCUGGCGGCCCGGGGCGGGCACUGGCACUGGGACUGGGUCUGGGACUGGGUCGGGGAGUGGGACUGGGACUGGGACUGGGACGGGUCGGGGGCUGUGCGGCCGCAGUGCCCGCCAGCCCGACCCUCAGCUCGGCGGCGGAGUGCAGCGAGGGGGCGAGCAUGUACGAGGAGGUGUCCGGCAAGACGCAGGGCAGCAGGAGGGGAGGGGGCGGCGGAGGGGGCGGCAUCCGCAGCAACAACAACAACCACAACAGCAUCAACAACAACAACAACAGCAGCAACAACAGCCUGAGAGCCGCCUCCCCGAGCAACUCCAGCUCCAGCCGCUCGGUCUCCACCACCUCCAGCCAAGAGGCGGACGACUUGCUGUACGGCUUCAGCAUGAACUUGUCCCCCUCCGGGGGUCCGGAGCAGGUGGGCUCCGGGGGUCUGAGUCUGUCGCUGGUGGACAAGGACUUGGACUCGUGCAGCGACGGCAGCUCAGGCUCUCACUUCGAGUUCCCGGACUACUGCACUCCGGAGCUCAGCGAAAUGAUCGCCGGGGACUGGUUGGAGGCGAACUUUUCCGACCUGGUCUUCACCUAUUAACGAGUGCAUUCGUUUCUUCUUCUUC